AUGGAUACUUUGAAUAGCAAUUGCAGUGAAUUGCAGACAAUCAAUUCUACAAAUUCUUCAUUUAAGAUGAUUUUAUUUGUCAAUAUAAAAUGUUUUGCAAUUAUUAUUCAGUUAAUUGGGAUACCAUUAAAUUUGUCUGUACUGCAUGGACUAUUCAAUGUGAAAUUAGGAUCACGUUUAACAACACUACUAUUAUGUAACCAGUGUGUAUUUGAUUGUCUUAUUUGUACAUUUGCUUUAUUGAAAAUAGUGAAAUCUGAACGUUGGUAUACAGGUUAUAUUAUUAUUGAUAGUAUACUAUGUUAUUUGUGGUUUAGUCAUACAUUAUUUUGGCUGGUUGUAUUAUUAAGUUUGAGUAAUAUGAUGUGUACAGCCUUCGAUCGGUUAGGAGCUGUUGUCUAUAGUCGUACAUAUCAAUCACGUCAAAAUAUUUACAUAAUAUUAUCAUAUACAAGCAUUUCAAUUUAUUCAUUGAUAUUAAUUGCCAUCAACCCUCUAUUAUUACAAUAUCGUGAUCAAAAAUGUUAUGAUACUACACUAUAUGAUAAAAACUGGAUAUAUAUAUUAAUAAAAGUGGAUUCUAUACUAUGGCCAUGUCUUACUUAUUUAUUCCCGUGUAUUUUAACUGUCAGUGUAUAUGGCAAAGUUAUAGCAGUGUUGAGAAGUCCAACAAUUUGUCAUCAAUCUAAUAAUGAUAGUUGUAGUGCUGCCAAUGAUAAAAUCAAUAUAGACAAUUGUAGCAAUAACAGUUGGACACGUAACAUAUCCAGUCAUAAAUUGACUAUAUCCUAUACUAAACAGAAACGACAUCGUAAAAUUGCUCAAUCUUUAACAAUAGCUACAUGUAUUAUGCAAGCAAUAUUUUUAAUUACUCAUUCAUAUGAUAGAAUUUAUUACUUUCUUAGUAUACAUCGAUGGAUACUUUAUCAAAUCGACUGUACAACUCAUCUAAUUGGUUUAUGGCUUGUAACAUUAAACAGUUGCAUUAAUCCAAGUACGCUUAUAUUUAUUGUACGUCCAUUACAAAUCUAUCUUAUUCAAACAAUUAAUCAAUGCUGUUGUAAAUACUUGAAACGAUGUGCAAAGAUAUGCAAAGAUCAAAUUAUCCAAGUGAACAACAGUCUGAGACGUGUUUAA